AAUCAUGUGGGACGGGUGGUGAGUAUUCAACUGAAUGCGCGCAGUAAACAACGGUCACUAGUCCGUACACACUGGUCCACCCAGUAGAGCCGGCAGUCGGACAGAAGGCACACGUAUCGAAAUCACACAAUAUUUUUAAAAUGACAACCUCACGCUAUUAACGAACACACAAUGGCUCUCAAAACAAGCUUAGUGUUCUGUCUCAUCGCGACGGGUCUUAGCUAUGCUUUCAACGGGGACAGCUUCGAGCUGGAGUGCCCGGACGAGUGCGACUGCCACUACUUCAGAAUCAACUGGGUCACGGACUGUUCAGAGAGUAACCUCACCGAAGUGCCAUAUGAUGAGCUCAGCCUCAGCGUGUAUAUUCUAGAUUUGAACGGCAACAACAUUACAACCCUCAAGCCCUUCCCGAACGAUAUCAAGAUGAGGAGAUUGCAAAUAGCUGAUAAUCGACUGACCAGAGUCGAACGUGAAGCGUUCAAGGGCCUGGAAUACUUGAUUGAUAUUGAUUUAUCUGGAAACAACAUCAGCUAUGUGGACCCCGAGGCGUUCUUGGAUUCCCGCGGUUUGCUAAACGUGGAGCUUCAAGACAAUCCAAUAGGCAACGUCGAAGGCCCCUUCCUCGUCUCUCCAACGUUGCAGUAUCUCGAUUUAAGUAACUGCAAUAUAACCUCAAUCAAUUCGCAAUUCUUUGACAAUAUCACAACCCUUAUGACAGUAGACCUCUCCAAUAAUCCUCUCAAAAACUUAGCAACCGGCGUUUUUGAUAUAUUAACAAGCAUAGAAACUUUGAAACUCAACGACUGCAAGCUCUCGAACAUUUCAGAAGUUUUAUUCGCUAAUGCUGCACACCUGAAGAAUUUGGAAUUGGCCGGAAACUAUCUAAAGCACACAGAUUGGUCUGAAGUACUCGGAAAAUUGGUCAGACUAGAAUAUCUGAAUUUGAGGAAAACUGGUAUAACAUACCUUUCAGAAGACACAUUUUCGAAUUGUACGUAUUUGGUGACGUUAGUACUUGCAGAUAAUGAGCUGCAUGAUUUAGACGUCGCUGCUACGUUGGGCAGUAGCGUGAAUCAUUUAGAAUUGCUCGAUUUAUCCAAUUGCCGCAUCCAGGGCCCUCUGUCCGGCGAAGCGUUCGCUAAUGCGACCAGAUUGAAAAGUCUUUAUCUUUCUGGUAAUCCACUAUUUGCGGCAGACUUACAAGAAGCACUCGCUCCGCUACCGAAAUUGGAAAGGUUGUUCUUAAGCAAUUGUGGCCUACGCAAUCUUCCAGAUAACUUUAAUGUUUUCGACAAUCUUUUAGAACUAGACAUAUCUCAUAAUCCUCUGAAUAAUGUUUUCACGAGACUUUUAGCUCCAUUAGAAAAACUAGAAUACUUGAAUAUGGGUCACAGUAAUUUAUCGUAUAUUGGGCCAGAUUCGUUCGCCAAGAUGACCUCGAUGAAAAGACUAGUUCUCUCUGGAAACGACUUGCUGUCCCUAGAAGCCGGCCUCUUCGGUAAUCUGACGCAACUAACUACGUUAGAAUUAGAAAUGUGUGGCUUAAAACGGCCCUUAAAUGCUAACGUAUUCUUUAAAAACCUAACUUAUAUGGACUUGAGAGAAAUAAAACUAGGAAGUAAUCCUUUGGUUAUUCCCGAUAAAGGACCCGUGUUCCCGAAACAGCUCUCGCAAGUAACAACGCUCGAUUUAAGUAAUUGUAAUAUAACAUCACUCAAUGUUGAUGCUUUCAAAAACACAAUAAACUUAACUGAACUGAAUCUGUCAGGCAAUAGAUUAAGAUCUAACGAUGGAAAUUUGGCAUUUUUGGAAAUCUUAAAGCAUCUCGAGAAAAUAAAUCUAAGCUAUAAUAAUUUAACGACAAUCGAUCCGCAAAUUUUCACGCACAAUCCGAAAUUACAUUCUUUGAACCUACUAGGGAAUCCAUUUAUUUGCGAUUGCAAGAUCGCUGAGAUGUGGGACUGGGCUAAUAUGAUAAAGGGUGACUUAGACGUACUCGUUGGGGCCAAGAGUGCUGAAAAAGAUAUCGUUGUAAAAGGAAAUAAGAAGAAAAAAUAUCUAUACUGUCAUUAUAAUGAAACUCAACUUCGAAAUGCGAGUUUAAUGUUAAACAAGACAGUACCAGGCAGAAGACCGUUCAUAAAACCAAGAGAACUUAUUUACGCUAACAGGACUUGGGCAAAAUAUGUGCGGGAAUCUGGAUGUGAGCCCGUCGUGAAAAUAUUGAGGCCCAUAGCUUUGGUAGCAGAGAUAUUUGAUUUCAAGAACGGACCUAAAAUACCUACCGGAGUUGUAAUAGUGGCAUUAAUAGCGAUUAUCCUUGGUUUAGCCACGCUUAUUAUGACGAUAAGGUUGUUCAGGAGAAAGAACACCACGGAAAUAGACUCUGAAACUAGCAGAAAAUCAAGAUAGCAAAUGAAAGUUAAUUAAGAAAUGGUAGCAGUGCUAUUUAGCACAUAUAUGUAUUAAGUGAUAAUUUUUUAUUCCGUUCACGUCCAAUAUUGUUAGAUAUUAUUUUGUAUUUUCAGAACGUAUAGAUUCUACGAUCUUCGAUUUCAAGAUCAAUGUGUACGUCGAAGUAAAUAGAAAUAUGUCGAAUAUAAAUCUUCACGAUUCCGCUAUUCAAACUAGUCAUUUAUUGUAACUCAAACGGAAAAUCUUUCAUCGUCCUAAAAUAUUUAUAACUCUUAGAUUUAGCUUUCACUAUACGGUUACAAAUAAACGCUGCAGCCUUACUUGUAUUCA